GCACGAACUUCGUGCGAAAGGCUUUCACUGGAAACCCGUGUCCCAAGACUACCAUGCAUUCCCUUCUCCUCUCUCAUCACUCGCAUUCUCCACUCGCCUUCGUUCCUUCCUUCAACGACCGACUCCCGUCGGCGCGGACAGCGAAGAUGGCUUCUCAGCGCCACAGGACUGAUGCUCAAAACACUAACGAAGAUGAACAAAAUUCCAAAAAUACCCCUUUCUUUGACAUCUACGGCCCCGAUGGAAAGGCAGAUGUUGUUUUCAAGACCCCAGCAGCUAAUUCGACAUUGGAUCUACAGGAUGUUCAAGGACUUGUGACUUGGGUCCUUGGUGACGGAUUCAUGCCAUCAUGGGUUUUUAUCAAAAACAAGCCCCUUAUACAGAAAGUCGUUCUGCUUUAUGUUCCAGGCCUUGAUGCUGGGUUGUACAUGUCGCAGUCCAGGCUCCUUACUGGUCUUAAAGAAAGUUGUGGUAAUCCAAGGGCAGUUUUAGCUCUCAGCUGUGUAUCAGAUGGAAUGCAAACAAUAGAUGCACUCUUGACAUGCAAACUGAAAAGAAAGCGGGAGGAGGUUAAUUCAGUUUUUCAGAGGCCUGAUCAAAAAUUGGAAAAUGAUAAGCCAGCUUCUACAGAAAAUAUGAAGGACCCACCAUUUCCAAUUUCAUAUUACACACUUACAGCGAAGGAGCUGGAAGAUAAUGGAUAUUCUUACGCUCAGCCAGGUUUUGUGUCAACUUUUUCUUCCCCUCAAGGAUCUUCACCCUAUGAAAUGCUGGCACUUGAUUGUGAGAUGUGCGUGACAGCUGAAGGGUUGGAACUUACAAGGGUGACACUGGUAGAUGUUGAAGGACAGGUGGUGCUGGAUAAGCUGGUUAAACCAUCCAAUGCUAUUCUUGAUUACAACACUAGGUACAGUGGAAUCACAUGUGAGAUGCUGAAUGGCGUCACAACAACACUUAAAGAUAUUCAGGAAGAGUUUCUAAAGCUUGUUCACAAAGAGACCAUCUUAGUUGGUCACUCUUUGGAGAAUGACCUUUUAGCAUUGAAGAUCUCUCAUGGUCUGGUGAUUGAUACUGCUGUCUUGUACAAGCAUCCUCGUGGUGCGGCUUAUAAGACUGCAUUGCGAGUGCUCUCCAGGAAAUUUCUUACUCGUGAGAUACAGAAUGGAGAUGGACAUGACAGUAUUGAAGAUGCAAGGGCUGCAAUGGACCUGGCGUUGUUGAAGAUCAGACAUGGACCCGAAUUUGGUUCACCUCCUUCCUUCAUGAGGAAGAAACUGGUCUCAAUUUUGAGUGAGAGCGGCAGAACCUGUUCAUUUAUUGAUGAGGUUUCGAUAGUGAGGCGAUAUGCUGCUGGAUCAUGCCAUGCGUUCCCAGUCUCCUCUGAUGAUGAAGCUCUUUCAAAGGCCAGAAAGGAGGUAAAGAAUGACAAAGUAAGCUUCAUUUGGACCCAAUUCUCAGAGUUGCACUCUUAUUUCAAGAAGCAAGCAGAGGACUGUGACAGAUUGAAUGGUCAAGUUGCUGAGAUGAUCUCAUUGCUUACAUGCCGUGAGAAGCGUGCAACAAAGAAAGACAUCAGAUACGGCAUAACCUCUGAAUUAAAAGAGACAUUAAUCCGCAUGGAUUCUAAAAUACAAAGCUUGUACACCGAAUUACCGGCCAAUGCCAUGUUUAUUAUUUGUACCGGUCAUGGAGAUACAGCUAUCGUCCGAAGGAUGGGGCACAUUGAGACAGACAAGAUUUUCUUCAAAUAGGUGUUACUAGAGAUUUAACCAGAAAAUAUGAAAGCCUGUGUUGCUAACAUCGUGAUAAAAAGGUGACCAGGGAACAAAGGAAGCUUUUCUACAGCAAACUUUUGUUGUGAAUGUUGCUCUCAGCUUGAGGGGAGUACUUAGAAACCUGUUAAACUUUUCAUUCUUUUUCAUUGUUUCAGGUGGUAUCUUAACCACAUACAAUCCCUUUGGCAUUUUGUAUGUGAGGAAAUACACCAUGCCUGGUCAAACUUUUGUUUGGCAUGGUAUGGCAAGGCCCAUCCCAUGAUGGACACACCGAUAAACCUCAUUGGGUAGGUCCUGGUACUAUUGCUGGGUAGAAAGAAAGAAAGUCAUCAGAUACACGAUACAUCAUUCCAGAUCAUAAAAAAGCUGGUGUUGUGGAGUUCUUUAUAGUAAACUACGUGGGAUGCCAAUGUGAUUGAUGUUUUCUCAAGCAUAGGUUUGGAUUAGGAAAGCCAUAACUUUGACCUAUCUGACGGAUACUUAAAAUCUGAGAUGAUUGAACUGCCAAUCCUUAUGUCUUCAUUCCGUUUAUUUUCUUUCUAAUACUUUCCAGAUCACAAUCAUAUUACUUCCAGUGCUCGUGCUAUAUGACCUGGUAUUAUUGACUGUUUAAUAAGACGGUGUUGUUCUUUCAAGCCCCUUAAAACGAUGUCUUUCUUUACUCAUGCAUGG